ACCCGCCCGGCUGCCGUGUGCAUGCGGGCCGGGGUGCCUGGCUGCGCGGGCGGCGAGAGCCGAUGCUGAGGGGCCGGAGGAGGAUGGAGUGCACCCUCGAUGCGCAGAGUUUGAUCAGUAUUUCCCUGCGGAAGAUCCACAGCUCCCGCACUCAGCGAGGCGGCAUCAAGCUCCACAAGAACCUGCUCGUCUCCUAUGUGCUCCGCAACGCCCGGCAGCUCUACCUGAGCGAGCGCUACGCCGAGCUCUACCGCCGCCAGCAGCACUACCCCGACGGCGCCCCGCUCCUCGCCAUGCCUGCCUGCCCGCCGCCCCCCGCCGCCGCCUCGCCGGAGCUGGCGGCUCUCCCGCUGCCCGCCGACACGCAGGACCGCGAGGCGCGGAGCUGCGGGGCUGCGCGGGGCGGCGCGGAGCUGCUGGAGGUGCCGGUGUGCGCGGUGCCCCCGGAGCUGCAGCGAGCGCCCUGCAGAGACUCGUCCCCGGGCUUCUACCGGGCCGCCGGCAGCGCCGGUCCCGGUGGCGGCGGCAGCGCGGCCCCGGGGCUGCUCUACGCCGCCGGCUGUGACUUCGGGAGCGGCGGGGCCCCGCACUGUAGCAGCCGCACCACGGUGCUGGAUUUGGACACUCACGUCGUGACCACGGUGGAGAACGGGUACUUGCACCAGGACUGCUGCUCGCAGUGCCCCUGCUGCUGCCAGCCGGCACCGGGGCUCGCCUCCCCGCCGCCCGCGCCGGGCACCAAGCGCAAGUAUUACCCGGGGCAGGAGGAGGAAGAGGAGGGGGUGGAGGAAGGGGAGCCGGGGGGAGGCGGGGUGGCGGGCGGCCCCCCCUUCGCCCCGUGCACCAAACGCGCCCGCUUCGAGGAGUACAGCGCCGAGCACCCCCAGGACUCUUCCAACAUCUCCAACUUGAUCUCCAUCUUCGGCUCCGGUUUCACGGGGCUGGUGAGCCGGCAGCAGGCGGACUCGGAGCAGCCCCUCAACGGGCAGCUGUGCAGCAAGCAGGCGCUGGCGAGCCUGGGAGCCUGGACUCGGGCCAUCGUCGCGUUUUAG